AUGUCGCGUCGCCUGGACAUGCUGGCCUUGGAGGCCCUCGUCCACGAGUCGGAUGCUGCGUUUAAGAAUGCUUCCAGUGGCGGCGUACGCAUCGGUGCGAGUGCCAAUACGGCAGGGGGCAGCACACCUAGCCCGCGUAGCAGCAGCCAACGAUCUUCCUACAUCGCGAUCGAACCGACGGGCAGCCCCCGCGUCAGUAGCCAGCGCUCUUCCUACAUGAUGGGCCCCGAUAUCGGUGGGCUCACCCGCACGCGCUCUGCUACGGCAAGCCCAAAUCAGGCUCGCGCAAGUGGGGUGCAGAAGUUGCCCAUGCCCACGCACCUCUUCGCCCACGACUCGCCAGCCGUUGAGCGACAGCCCAGCUUCUUUGAUCAGAUGCCCCCAAUGGUUGCCCACCUACCUCCAGAAUUCGAGCGAGGCCGCUCGCUUCACCGUCCUCCCAUAAGCGAACAACUACGCGCAUCCAACAGCAUGGGCAAUCUUAGCUCGCUGACUUGUAUGUAUCUCUCGCGCUUGCUCGCUUCACGUGCACAACCCCCUCCUUUGUCGCCUCUACUCAUGUUCAACCCGUGGUUCUUUCACACGCUUUGCCGUGUAGUUACAACUCCAUCGCCGACUCGUUCAACCCGUUCAACUCGCUCGCCUGGUCGACCGUCUCUUCGCACCAGUGGGAACAUCCGUCCCCUCAGCCCUCGUUCCAACUCGCCGCGCGGCCGAAACGCGCAGCGCAUCACCACCUUUGGCGUCGAUGGCGCAUCAACAGUCACCUCGACGUCACCACACUCAAACUCACGCGUGUCCUCAGCUAGAGCCUCACUAACCUUGAGUCGUGGCGACAGCGGCAGUGACAUCUUUUCUGCUCGACCGCGCCUCCCAUUGGGAUCAGAUUGGAGCUAUGACGGCACUGCGCGCAGUCCAUCCGUAGCCAGUGACAGCACCGUCGAUCAAGCCCCCCGCAAGCGCCACUCUACCUCCUCGCUGCCGGGCACUGCCAGCAGUCGUACCCACCCGCGCCGCGCCGCAUCAACCGAUCUCCUCUCGCCUGCUGCCAGUACCAGCAAGACCCUGUCCAGUCAGGGCCUCCUUGCUGCGGUUGCCCUCCUGGCUGAUUUGUCAGAUGAUGAAGGCGGUGAAACAGAUAGCUUGGAUGUCUUUUCCGGCAGUGAAGUGCGCGAGGGAGAAGAUAGAUCUUCUCAAGUAACGAAGCAGUCUGUCCUGGAUUUUGGACGACCGCCGCUCGCGCCUACUCAACCCGAGCCAGAGCAACAUGGUUCAGCUGCUACCCCGACUUCUGAUACUCUCGGCCAGCAUCAGGCCGAUUCGAUCGACACAGCUCAAGACGAUGCACCAGGGAUACAUCGGGGCGACCGGACACGCACACGCACCGUCAGCUUUAGUGAUGAUGCGUGGGAGGACUUUGAUCUUCUUGGGGAGAACACGGCCGAGUCAGACCCAACGGAGGUGCCAACUUUUGCAGGCGAGGUCGCAUCCGCCGAACCCGAGCCAAGCGUAGAGCUUGAUGAUGCAACUCCUUUACAAACGGCCUUUUCAAAGGCAAGCGAGAUUCCACCCCUUCCCACCAUUAUUGAGCCAGAGCUGCGCCAUGGCCCCACAACCUCGCUGGACCCAAGCUCAACAGAUUCUCAAGACUACUCCAAGCAGCGGCAUAGCAUCGAGCUUGGGAAACACCUGCAUCGACGUGAUGGAAAUGAGCUGCUUUUUGCUGCCAUAGCUGCCGUACGCCAGCAUGGCGACACGCAGAUUGCCCAGCCGACCACGAUGCUACCGACUGAUCCCAAAAUGUCUCCAUCAGCCGUGUUCAUGACACAUUGGCGCGGGGACAAUACUAUUCUGGCUGAUGCCCAACCACGCCCCCUCAUUUGCACAUGGCGUCUUGACUUGCCGUGCGAGCCCGGAUCACGGCUGGCACGGUACCCUUGCAGCACCCCUGAAUGUCUUUCUUUCGUGGAUGAAGACCUGGCGGCAGAACUUGCAUCGCCCCACGUGCUACCUGGCGAUACGUUUCUACACCGGUAA